AUGAAGAGUUUCGCUCUCGUCGGUGCAGCUUUUGCAGCUAAGGAUUCAUGCCUUCCUCUUGACUCUGAUGCUAAUGCGCCUAUUUAUGGAGGAACUUGCUGGGAUGCUUGGCAAGACGCAAAUGACGUAAAAUUGUGGGCUGCAGACAAUUGUGGGGCAAACUCGUGUACAUGGCCACAAAUCAAUUCAAAAGACUGCUUCUCGAAUCCCUAUGAUAAUCCCACAGAUAUGUUGGAUUUGCUCGCCGACUAUGAGAAGUUCGAGGUCGAAUACCUAGAUCGAGAAGAGAAUUCGCGACCAGACUUCAACGAUAAAGAUCAAUUUAAAAAUUGUAACAAUGGUGGUGAGUCCGUCUUCAAGCCUUACGAUGAAUGGUUUGGCGCAGAAGUGACUGGCUGUGAUUUUAAAAUCCAGCUUCAGAGUCAGUAUUUUUAUGAUGCAGGUUACGACGACAGAGCGACGCAAACAACGCGAUUUUACAACGGAGAAACUGACAAAAGCGAAUGCGGUGACCCAAGAUUCGGUGACAGUAAUAAUGACCUGAAGGAGUGCUACUGCGAUUUGGUCGAGUCGAGUCCUUGGAUUGAAAUCAGCAACAAUCCCAAGUUUGCCCAUCCUGUCAAUCCAAGAAUUGCGCGAGAUGCAGAACGGUCGACUCCCGAAGUAAUCGACAUUGAAAUUGCUGGUUUGAGUGCAAUCAACAACAAUAUGAACGAUGAACUGAAGAUUGUGAAGAACCACGCGAACCGCAACGCCUGGCGAAUGGACUGCCUUUACUGCGCGAUGAUGGACAUAAAGAGUGAAGUUGACGUCCAGACCUUCUACUACGAGUUCAUUCUCGAGCAGUACAACAAGUACACCGAGAAGUUGAUGCACUAUGCCUGCAAUGCGUACUACCAGGAACAGAUCCUGGCUUCUAUUUCUGAGCGCUUCGACCAGUUCACAGAAUCACUCGAGAUCAACGUCAACUAUUGCAACGGAGAUAACGAACUGUGCUUCGAAGACGACAAUUGCGAGGAAACUUUCUGUCAAGCUUAG